AUGGAUAAAAGUGAGUUGGUACAGAAGGCCAAACUUGCUGAGCAGGCAGAGCGCUAUGAUGAUAUGGCUGCUGCCAUGAAGGCUGUCACUGAGCAGGGACAUGAGCUGUCCAAUGAAGAAAGGAAUCUACUCUCUGUUGCCUACAAGAACGUGGUUGGUGCCCGUCGCUCUUCGUGGCGUGUCAUCUCCAGCAUUGAACAGAAGACGGAAAGAAAUGAGAAGAAACAGCAGAUGGGAAGAGAAUAUCGUGAGAAGAUUGAGGCUGAACUGAAGGACAUCUGCAAUGAUGUUCUGGUAAUAGUCUAGUAGGAAUGGAUAUAGCAGCAUAUGUUAAGGGGCUCCAUCUGCUGGGAAGCUUGUGAGCUCAAGGCAGGAGCACAGUUUCAUCGCUUAAGGAUCUACUUUGGUCCAACAGCCAAAGAUCCUUGCUUUGUAAUUAUGUUGUUUAUAUGCUAGGUGUAAAAAAUUAUUUUUAUUUGAUACUUGAUAAACGAUGUGUACACUUGUAUGGACCAAACCUAUAAACAACACAAAACAUAUAUAAACCUCUCUUCUAUAAUCUAGCCAAUGAAUUAAAGAAAUAUGACCUUGUAUAUAAAGCCACCAGAGUCUCAUCUCCAAAGUUUUUUUUAAAAAAGAACUUGGUGCCUCCUGAUCUUCUAAAUGUUGCUCAACCACAUCUUUCAUCAUUCCUGGUCAUUAGCCAUGCUGGGUGGGGCUAUGCUAGAGCAUGUAAUUCAGCAACAACUGGAAGGCUUUAGGUUAGGCCCUCAAAUUGUAGAUGUACACAUAAAGGGGAUCAGUUGAGGAGAAUGUGUGUAACCUUGUGAUUAUAUGUCUUUCAGGAACUGCUGGAUAAGUACCUUAUUGCUAAUGCCACACAGCCAGAAAGCAAAGUCUUCUAUUUGAAAAUGAAAGGAGAUUACUAUAGAUACCUUUCAGAAGUGGCAUCUGGAGAAAGCAAGCAAAGUAGGUGGUUACAUUAAAAUCAGAAGCCUGCCUUAAUGAUUCUCUACAAGAACUGUGUGUGGUAUUAUUAAACUGCUCCUUGAUCUCACAAUAAAUUUGUCUCAGUAUUCUGAGAAAAUCAGAUGUUCUGAAUGCAAAGGAAUAGGGAAAAGAACCAUUUGCUUCCUGUUGUAUUCAACCAUAAGGUGGCUGACUACCGUGGAAGGGCCAGGUUGAAAGGAUUGCUGCUGCAGGAGACUUGUUUUUAGUAUCUCCAACUUGACUAGAGGUUACUAAAAGGAGGUAACAGCAAAUCACAAGGAAUGGGUGUUCUGUAUUCUUCCAUUAAGACAGCAGUUCCCUCUAGGUGAGGACACAUAUAUUGGAUUUAGGAGUUGAAUAUGUCUAACAAUAUACACAGAAAUUAAAAUUUUCUAGUGUUGUAAAUUAUUUCAUGAAAAUCUUCCUACUACACAUUUUGAGUAAGUAAAGCUUUUAAAAAAGCAUUUCACUCAUUCCAAGAAAGAAAAUAUUCCAUAGGAGUCCCCCCCCCCCCAAAUGUUCCCUAAAUUUCCCAUUGAAAAGAAAUCUUUGAGGGGGGGUGUACUCUUUCUUCCAUUUACUUUUUUCCAGGUCUUUACAUCUCUGCUGCAACUGAAUGCAAAGGCUCCUAAUGGAACCUCUGACCACAAGGAAAGAUGUGGGAAGUUCCUUUUCAGAAUUUAGAAGUGUGGGAAGCAGAAAGUAUAAGUUGCUUGUACUUAUCUUGACUAUAAAGUCACAGUUUGUACCUGCAUCUUAUUUAAUUAAUCUGUAGUCACAGAUGCUGGAUCUGUGUGCCUUAAAACCUUAGAUGGUCUAUGAAUUGGUUGUUAAACAAAUAUGUCUGUACCUGAUACAAGGCUAGUGGCAUUUCACCGUUUAGCCUACUCUUGCUAUAGAUUUUUUGUUUUUGCUUCCCCCCAAUAAUCUUUGUAGUGUUCUUGGAAGAUCACCAAAUAUAGAACCUUGUAAAGUUUUUAGAUAUAGGGAUCGUGUUCAAAUGUUACUAUACAGUAUUAACUAAUAUGUGACACAACUUAUAGCUACGAUAGAAUUUCUAGACCCAAUACAAUUUGGUUCUGGAUCAAAUAGCUAAGAUAGAAUAGGAAAUGUUUUACAGCUAGGUUCAUGUGAUAUUCACAUAUAAGCAGUUAGGCCAUACUCUUUGUAGAAUGUCAUAUUUGUAAUUGCCCCCCCCCCCACAAAUAUUAAAUGUGUGUGUAUUUAAUCUAAGGUUUUAUUGUUUAGGAUGCACUGAAAUGGAGCGAUACUUGCAAAAUGUAUUCCUCUACUACAAAGAAGACUCUGGUAGUUCUAUGCCCCUGCCCUCAUGGCCUUGACAGGCUGCUACUUUGACAACAUUUUUUCUUCAUGUAUUUUCCCAUCAUAUCAACACUGACAAACCAGUCAAUGUAAUGACCCUGAGGACAAACUAGCUAAUUCUAAGGAAAGACAAUAUUUCCUGAGUUGGAGUUGCUCUCACUCUGAGCUUUGGUUGUUGUCAGUGACUAUGCAUAGCCAAAUCUUGCCACACAGUGUCCCUGCUGCUAGGUAGAAGAUGGCCAGUCUUAAAGCAAACUGGUGCUGAAGCUAUGAGCAAGUACAAAAAAGGUAACAUUUCAGCAGUCUUUUGGGAAACAUUUUAGGCUCCUAAAAAAAACUUUUUGUGUGUAACAAAAUGUUCACUACAGAUCACUGUUCAGCCCUAUUCUAUGCAGGCACCUGUGUAAAUGUUUCUGACUUGGAGUUGGCCAUGUCAGGAAAUAUUAAAAUUAUCACCAUCUUUUCUUGCAGCAACAGUAGCAAAUUCUCAGCAAGCAUAUCAGGAAGCAUUUGAAAUCAGCAAGAAAGAGAUGCAACCAACACAUCCUAUUCGACUUGGUCUGGCACUUAAUUUCUCUGUGUUCUACUAUGAGAUACUAAACUCACCAGAGAAAGCCUGCAGUCUGGCAAAGACGGUAAAUAGACUUAAUAUUGUCAAGAAUGGUUUUGGGGAAACAAAUUUGAGAUACACGUUGAACAGUUGUGAAUGCAACUAGAAAUGUAUGGCUUAAUAAAUCAUGUCGGAGAGCUCUAGGAGCUCUUUUAUAUUAUUCAGAAGAAAGAUUAAUUAUUAAGUUAAAAUAACACACUUGAAAUUAGAGGUGGCACUUUUAUAUUCUAAGGAAGUCUGUCUUGGGUCUUAACUUGGAUGAACACAAGUGUAAUGUUAUGCGUUUUUCAUCACUUAGCUAGCCCUAUCUGUGCUUGGAAAUUGAAUGGGUUAAACAUUCUUACGGCAGGAAGGAUCAGAAGCAGAAUAAAGCGAAUUAAUUAUUUGAAUUUGGUUUAGGCAUUUGAUGAAGCAAUAGCUGAACUGGACACACUGAAUGAAGAAUCUUACAAAGAUAGUACUCUGAUUAUGCAGCUACUUAGAGAUAACCUUACUGUAAGUAUUCCUUCGAAAAACUGGCUACACUUUAAAUGAUGCAGUGUUUUAUAAUUUUAAGUCUUGCCAUCCCACAAAUGGUUGAUAAUUGCACCCUUACAAACUAUUUUGGAUGUAGCACAAAGUUAGUUCCAUAUGAAAGAAUGACUGCUGUCAGCAUUGUGUGUGUGGAGCAGUCAUACCUGUAAUGGAAAACUAGCCAAAUGCCCUUAUCAGGCAGCUAACAAAUUUGUGUGUUACCUGCAGGCUUCAUGUACUCAUUGUUUAACUUCAUCUAAUCUCCGGUCUUUAGUUCAUCAUUCAUUAACUCUUCUACUCAAAUAAUACUGCUCUACUGAAACAAAUUACCCCACUACCUUUUCCAGACCAAUGUAAUUAACUGCAUGCUUUCAGCAUAAACAUGUUUGUAUUUUCUUACAGCUAUGGACAUCGGAAAACCAGGGAGAUGAAGGGGAAGCUGGGGAGGGCGAGAACUAA